AUGGAAGCAAAGGCCCUUGGAGUAGCAACUCCCAGAAAACCUGUCUUACCUGUCAGUGCAAGAAAACUCAAGGACAACGCAGCCGAUUGGCAUAAUUUAAUCUUGAAAUGGGAAUCACUCAAUGAUUCGGGAUUUGCUACUGCAAACAAUAUCGCCAACCUGAAGAUCAGUUUAUUGAGUAAAGACAAGAUAGAAGUAGAGAGCAGCAGCCCAGCUUCUGAGACUAAUGAAGGGAAGACGACAUAUCCUGAGUACAAUAAGGAGCUGGAACGGCUGUGUGAGGAGUUGCAGGCCACCUUGGAUGGGUUGACCAAAAUACAGGUGAAAAUGGAAAAGCUGUCUUCAACCACUAAAGGCAUUUGUGACCUAGAAAAUUACCAUCAUGGGAAGGAAAGCCAACGGCCAGUCCUGUUCCACACCUGGCCCACGGCCCAUUUUUACACAGUCUCCCGCAGCCUCUCGGACAUGUACAGGAAGGAGCUACUGCUGAAGCGCACGGUGGUCGAGGAGCUGGCGCAUUCUGCGGACCAUGACCUCGCUCUGAGCUACUUGUCUAUGUGGCUGCACCAGCCCUACGUGGAGAGCGCCAGCCAGCUGCUUCUGGAAGGCAUGCUGCUCGAGACAGGCCACCGAGCACUGUGA